GGCGGAACGCAGGUGCUGGGGUCUUCAGGCGCCAGCGGGGACGAAAGAGGAACGGACACCCGGCCUCGCAGUUGCCUGGUAACGCCCGCUGGAGGAGUCCUAGAGUAAUAAGGUCCGGGAGAAGUGUCACUGGCCCUAAGCGAGACCCUGUAGCCCGUUCUCGAGGCGCCAGCGGUCUGUCCCCGCGGCUUGGCGGGCUAGGGCAGGGCAAUGUUGCAGGAGGAGUCGGAUCUGUCUCUCAUCAUUGCCCAGAUAGUUCAAAAGCUCAAGGGCUCCAGUUUGUACGCUCAGUUGGAACGCCAGGCCUGGGCCAGUCUUCAGAGACCUGAGAUUAAACUUGAAUCAUUAAAAGAAGAUAUUAAGGAAUUCUUUAAAACAUCAGGUUGGGAGAAGAAACUUCAGAAUGCUGUUUAUUGUGAACUGAGUGUGUUUCCUUUACCUCAUCAUCCUGCCGCACCUCCAGAGCAUCUUAAAGAACCUUUGGUGUACAUGAGGAAAGCACAGGGAAGUUGGGAAAAAAGAAUUUUGAAGAGUUUAAAUAGUAUGUGCACUGAACUGAGUAUCCCAUUGGCACGUAAGAGGCCUGUUGGAGAACAGAAAGAACUUCUCAGUAAAUGGAAUGAAAUGGGAACUGAUGAGCCAGAUUUAAGCCUUUUCAGACCUGUUUAUGCACCUAAGGAUUUUCUUGAGGUAUUAGUUAAUCUUCGCAACCCAAAUUAUGAAAAUGGUGAUUCUCCUAGUUUCAGGACUCAUUUGGGUUUAAUCCAAGUUCCUCUGAAAGUAAAAGACAUCCCUGAAUUGAAAGAACUCUUCAUAGAACUCGGCUUAACUACAGGACAACUAGGUAUAGAUGAUUCUACACAAGUGCCUCCUGAACUUUUUGAAAAUGAGCAUGUACGUAUUGGGCAAAAAGUUCUAGCAGAACAAGAUAGUGCUGCUGCUCAACAGUAUGUCAGACAAGGAAGCCCCACAGCACUGAGAGCUGAAUUAUGGGCUCUCAUUUUGAAUAUUUCCAGUCAACCUGAGGAUAUCUUAUAUUAUGAGCAGCUUAAGACCAAUGUGAUACAACAUGACCUUUUGGUGGACAGUCUAAUUUAUAAAGAUGUGAAGUUGACAGCAAGCAAUGAUGAUUAUUAUUUUGUAUUUGAAGAUUAUUUAUAUCAGGUAUUACUUUGUUUUUCCCGGGAUACAUCUGUGUUGGGUCACUUUGCAUACAACAGUGCUUCACCACCGAAAUCAUAUAUAAGAGGAAAACUAGGACUAGAAGAAUAUGCUGUCUUUUAUCCACCAAAUGGUGUAAUCCCUUUUCAUGGAUUUUCAAUGUAUGUUGCACCACUUUGUUUUCUAUACCAUGAACCUUCCAAAUUGUAUCAGAUAUUCCGUGAGAUAUAUGUGCGUUUUUUCUUCAGACUCCAUUCCAUCUCUUCUCAUCCUUCUGGUAUUGUGUCACUCUGUUUGCUGUUUGAAACGCUUCUUCAAACUUAUCUCCCCCAGCUCUUUUAUCAUCUACGAGAAAUUGGGGCUCAACCACUACGCAUAUCAUUUAAGUGGAUGGUUCGAGCUUUUUCUGGAUACUUAGCCACAGAUCAACUCUUGCUUUUGUGGGAUAGAAUCCUAGGAUACAAUUCUCUGGAAAUUCUUGCUGUGCUGGCAGCUGCUGUGUUUGCUUUCCGAGCGGUGAACCUGAUGGAGGUGACAUCACUGGCUGCAGCUGAAGCAGUUCUUGCUGACCUUUCUACUUUAAAAGUUAUGCCUCUUCUUCAAAUUUUUCUGUUUGCCACUGUCACAUGAUCUUCUUCAAGGUCACCGACAACACAUCUAGUUUUUCACUAGAAACUAAUCAUGAACUAUGCAAAUUCUGCAUAAAACCAAAAUGAAACUUUGCAUAUAAGCCAAUAAAGAUCAUGUUCCCUCCUCAGUUAAA